AAAAUGACAGUGCUUUUGGCAGAUCAUUGUUUCUGGAAAACCUGUUGACAUCCAUUCCUUAAGAGAAACUUGAUCACCACUUGCUCUGGCAUGGCGCAAAGCAGUCCUCAGCUGGAUAUUCAGGUUCUCCAUGAUCUCCGGCAACGCUUCCCUGAGAUUCCGGAGGGCGUGGUCUCUCAAUGCAUGUUACAGAAUAACAACAAUCUUGAAGCUUGUUGCCGAGCCCUUUCCCAGGAGAGUAGCAAAUACUUAUAUAUGGAAUACCAUAGUCCAGAUGACAACAGGAUGAAUAGAAAUCGCCUUCUCCAUAUUAACCUGGGUAUCCAUUCUCCUGGUAGCUACCACCCAGGAGAUGGAAUUCAGCUUAAUGGUGGCCGAACGCUGGUACAUAGCUCAAGUGAUGGACAUAUUGAUCCGCAGCAUACAGCAGGUAAACAGCUGAUUUGUUUAGUUCAAGAACCACACUCAGCUCCAGCCGUUGUGGCGGCUACUCCUAACUACAAUCCAUUUUUUAUGAAUGAACAGAACAGAAGUGCAGCUACUCCUCCUUCACAACCACCUCAGCAGCCAUCUUCCAUGCAAACAGGAAUGAAUCCAUCUGCUAUGCAAGGGCCUUCGCCGCCACCACCUCCAUCAUACAUGCACAUACCUCGGUAUAGUACAAACCCAAUUACUGUUACAGUAUCCCAAAACCUCUCUUCUGGACAGACUGUACCAAGAGCUUUGCAGAUUCUUCCACAAAUUCCAAGCAAUCUCUAUGGGUCUCCUGGUUCUAUUUAUAUUAGACAGACAUCUCAGAGCUCAUCAGGAAGACAGACCCCUCAGAGUGCUCCAUGGCAGUCCUCACCCCAGGGCCCAGUGCCUCAUUAUAGUCAACGUCCUUUACCUGUUUAUCCACAUCAACAGAACUACCCACCGUCUCAGUAUUCGCCCAAGCAACAGCAAAUCCCCCAGUCGGCCUAUCAUUCGCCACCUCCUUCUCAGUGUCCUUCACCUUUCAGCUCUCCACAGCAUCAAGUGCAACCUUCCCAGUUGGGCCAUGUCUUCAUGCCACCUAGUCCUUCAACUACUCCACCCCAUCUAUAUCAACAAGUACCUCCUAGCUACCAGAAACAGGGAAGCCACUCAGUAGCCUAUCUUCCAUACACACCAUCUAGCUUACCAAAGGGUUCCAUGAAGAAGAUAGAAAUUACAGUUGAACCCUCUCAAAGACCCGGAACAACAAUUAAUAGAAGUCCUUCACCCAUUAGUAACCAGCCAUCUCCACGGAAUCAGCACUCUAUGUACACAGCCACCACGCCACCUUCAAGUUCUCCUUCAAGAGGAAUAUCUAGUCAACCAAAACCUCCAUUUAGUGUUAAUCCUGUGUAUAUCACAUACACACAGCCAACUGGACCCUCAUGUGCUCCAUCACCAUCUCCUCGGGUGAUACCAAACCCAACUACGGUUUUUAAAAUAACUGUAGGCCGAACAACGACCGAAAAUCUUUUAAAUUUAGUGGACCAAGAAGAGCGUUCUGCAGCACCAGAACCUAUUCAGCCCAUAUCAGUGAUCCCAGGCUCUGCGGGAGAAAAGGGAGGCCAUAAAUAUCAGAGGAGUUCUAGUUCUGGAUCAGAUGACUAUGCCUACACACAAGCCUUGCUGUUACAUCAGCGAGCAAGGAUGGAGAGGUUAGCAAAGCAGUUGAAACAUGAGAAAGAGGAGCUAGAGCGCUUGAAGGCUGAAGUUAACAGUAUGGAGCAUGACCUGAUGCAGAGACGGCUUAGGAGAGUCAGCUGCAACACUGCAAUCCCAACGCCUGAGGAAAUGACAAGAUUGAGAAGCAUGAACAGACAACUCCAGAUAAAUGUUGACUGUACACUGAAAGAAGUUGACCUCCUUCAAUCUAGAGGGAACUUUGAUCCAAAAGCCAUGAAUAAUUUUUAUGACAACAUAGAACCUGGCCCUGUUGUACCACCCAAGCCAUCUAAAAAAGAUUCCUCAGACCCCUGCACAGUUGAGAGAAAAGCCCGAAAAAUUAGUGUGACUUCCAAAGUACAGGCGGAUAUCCAUGACACCCAGGCAGCAGCCACAGAUGAGCAUCUCACUGGCUCCAAACUGAGUCCUCGGCUCCAACCCCGAGAUGAAGACUAUGAAGGGGCGCCCUGGAAUUGUGAUAAGUGCACCUUUCUGAACCACCCUGCCCUGAACCGCUGUGAGCAGUGUGAGAUGCCGCGGUACACUUGAAUUGAGAAGCCUGCACCCGGUUGCAAUGACAUUUUGAGCACCCAUCCCAAGGAAAGGA